AUGGACGUAAUAGACUUGUCAAAUGCAACACACGGGGAAGCUGCUAAAGCCUGUGGUCUUAUCUUUUUUUGGGAAUUUGGUAAAUACAAGAAAGUUUCUGCUCUUGUUACGUCUGUUAUCCGUACUGGGGUAAGGGAUAAAAUAAUACUAGUGAUUAAACAAGAGAAGACAUGGAAGAUUGCCUUCUCACUUUGUGGUGUCACAUGGCCCAGAGGUGAGGAGCCUUAUGCAGAUGAAGCAUUUGAACUACUGAGGCAAACCAUACUUCAUACAAAAGUGGAGGUUCUAUUGGAUACUGUUGAUGGAGAUGGAUAUUUCAUUGGAACGUUAUUGGCGUCAAAUACCCAUGUAGCAAUCCCCCUCCUUGAAGCUGGCCUUGCAAAAAUGGAAGAAGCUUAUCCCAAAGCUUAUAACACCGAAUUUAAUAACGCUCAGAAGUCUGCAAAAUCGAAGAAAUUGAAAAUUUGGGAGACUUAUGUUGAAACAUCUCAGAACAUUCAACUAGUAACAGAAAAGAGCUGA